AUGGGGAGCUUCAAUACGAACGUCACGCCUGAAGAACCAAUGCCCAUGUCAGAUGGAGUCAACACACCUUUACCACCCCGCACAGCCUAUUUCCACUUCAAAGAUGACCAGGGUUGGACUAAUCUGUACGCCAAAAUGGUCUCAAUUUGGUGGACAUUGUCCUACUGGUGCCAGCGUCAACCUCCCGAAGGCUGUUACAUUCUUCUGGUACCGGUGUACGGCACUUCGGAUAAGCAACAGGAGGUCAUACAGAGACCGAAAUUCUGGGCGCGGUAUGUGGAUGACACCUUUGUCGUCAUCGAACGGGAUCAGGUGCUGACGUUCAACAAAUGUCUGAAAUGCGUCUUCCCGGGCAUCCAAUUCACGAUGGAGGAGGAAGAGAACAACCAGCUGGCCUCCCUUGAUAUCCUCGUCUGUCGAAAAUAUUGA